CGGCGGCCAUGUUGAGAACGGAAACAAACCUAGCUGUGGGAAGAUGCCAACUAAACUAAAUGACAGCAAUGCCCACUACGUGCGCAGCCUUUGGGUGUUCCAACAACUCUAAAAGGGACAACCAGGUUACCUUUCAUAGAUUUCCUUCAAACCCAGACAGAAGAAAACAAUGGCUUAACCUCGUGAACAGAGAACAUUUCUCCCCAAGCCUGCACACUUUUUUAUGUUCAAACCAUUUUGAAGAAUCCUGUUUUGACCGGACAGGGCAAACGGUGCGGUUAAGAACAAACGCAGUGCCUACAAUAUUCAUCUAUCCAGAGCAUAUGGUAGAAAAGAUCGCUCUUAAAAAUGCUACCAUCACAAAGCCAGAAGAAAAGCCUCCGCCUGGAUCUGCUACAGACCGAGAGAAAACCUCAGCCUUUCACGGUGACCACAGCUACUGCCUACCAAGACCGGCAGAAAUUAAAAGAAAAAUUUGGGACCUUGAAAGGAAGUUAGAAAUUGCUCACAAGAAGAUAAAAAUCUAUCAGCAAAGAGAACGGAGAGGCAGGAGGAAAGGUCCUACAGAGAUCUCGCUCUAGACCACACACCCUCCCAGGACAGAG